GGAGGGGCGGGGAGGGUCAGGUGGGCGUGGUUGGAUGCGAGCUGCGCGCGAGCCCUCGUGACAUCAGCAGAUCCGACCAAUAGGAAGACGUGCCGGGCGAGCGCGCGGCUCUGAGGCCUGGUCGGUUCUGACUCCCAGGAGCUGAAGGGGCAAUGGCCGAAGGUUCGAAGGGACUCGGUGCUAGCGACAACGACCAGGACGCGGCGCAAGGAGAGAAAAAACAGUGGCAAGAGGAGUGGGAGGACGAGGACGAGGAGGAGUCUCAGCUCUCCCUGGAGGCUCUGAGGGUCCUGGACAGGCUAAAGGACAUAGACUGCCCCUUCCUUGAGGGUUUUUAUAUUACCGGACCAAAGACAAUAAAAGAGUUCCUGUGUACUCCCUCAAUUUACCGUUUGGGUAUUCUGGAAUGGUUGUUCAUAAGACUGUAUCCUCCCUUUGGGGAUUCCAUUGCAACUGUGCCGGACCCUGAGGCUAAAGAGAAAAUACGAGAGCUGACCAAACUUGGCAAUGAACUGAUGCUGUGUGGGCCAAAUGACCAGGAUCUCAUUAAGGGAUGUACUGAGGUGAAGGAUCAACUUUGUUUCUUUAAUAAGUUAAUUGAUCUGGUCACCAAUCUGGGCCCUGAAUAUGCCAGCAAUUUCUCCAGUGUGGAAGAGAACUUGCAGAGCUUGCCAAAGGACUACAAAAUGCUGCUGAAGAAGGCAUUUGAUCCAAGUUUACGCAAGGAGGUCCUAGAUCCCAAGUUGAACCCCUUGCCGGCGGACACGGACGCGUCCCGUCGUCGCACAAAGGAGGACCUUCACAGAACGGCAAUGGAGUCCAAGAAGUCCAAAGUGGAAGAGCUUUCCGACAAACUGACCAAGCUCACUGAAAUGCUGCAGACACACAAGGAAGAGGUCUUCAGUCAGAAGGAUGGUGUCAACAGACUGUUUUGGCCAAAUCCCACUAGGUCUCCUGAGCAGGGUUCUCCCCUCCAUGGGAAAAUGUCCCACCAAGGCAAUGGCCCCUUGGGCUUGAUCCUUUCGGAUUUCCAUCAGCUGGUCACUGCUUUUAUACAUGUUUUUGAGAAUGAGCUUCAGGACCACUGCCAUCGCCCGGCACCCCACAUCAGUCCAUGUGGUCUGCUCUUUCAAUCAGUAUAUGAAACUCUGACCCUCUUCUUGCAGGAGCUGAAAGCUGUCAAUGAAGUCACGAAUACCUCUGAGGAAGUGGAGACUAAAGCAGAGAAGCCACGUCGGGAGAAAGCCUAUUUGGGUGGAGACACCUGCAUGGUGACCUUGGUUGAAAAAAUGAAAGAGUUAAAACGGAUUUACGAAAUCUUCCAAGACAACCCUCACACAGCUGGAAGUAAGGAUGGAAGUUAAAUGUCCAUUCCACAGUUCCCCAACUACUUGGGACUUGGCUGUAUCAUGUUGGGGAAGAAGACUUUCAAAAACAAAAACAUGAAGAAAAUAAAGUGAAAAAGUAAUUUGCUUCAAUCUGCAUUCAGACUCCAUCAGUUCUUUCUCUGGAGGUGGAUAGUAAUUUUAGUCAUGAGUCCUUUGGAAUUGUCUUGGAUCAUUGUAUUGCUGAGAAUAGUGGAGUUCCUUAUUGCUGUAACUGUGUACAAUGUUCUCAUGGUUCUACUCACUUCACUUUGCAUCAGUUCAUGUAAGUCUUACCAGGUUUUCCUGUCAUCAUCCUAUUCCUCAUUUCUUACAGCAGAAUAAUAUUCCAUUCCAGUCAUAUACCACAACUUGUUCAGCCAUUCCCCAAUUGAUGGACAUCCCCUUAAUUUCCAAUUUUUUCCCACCACAAAAAAGAGCUGCUAUAAACAUUUUUGUAUAAAUAAGUCCUUUUCCUUCAAUUUCUUUGAGAUACAGACCAAAUAGUGGUAUUGAUGGAUCAAAGGGUAUGCACAGUUUUAUAGCCCUUUGGACACAGUUCCAAAUUGUUCUCCAGAAUGGUUAGAUCAGUUCACAACUCCACCAACAGUGCAUUAGUGUCCUAUUUUUCCCACAGCCCCUCCAAAAUUAUUAUUUUCCUUUUCUGUCAUAUUAACCAACCUGAUAGGUAUAAAGUACCUCAUUGAGUUGCUUUAGUUUACAUUUCUCUAAUCAACAGUGAUUUAGACCAUUUUUUUCAUAUGACUAUAGAUCACUUUGAUUUCUUUGUCUGAAAACUGCCUAUUCCUAUCCUCUGAUCACUUAUCAAUUGGGGAAUGACUUGUAUUCUUAUAAAUUUGUCUCAGUUCUCUAUAUAUUUGAGAAAUGGGGUCUUUUAUUAGAGAUACUUGCUGUAAAAUAAAAUUUCCCCAGCUUUCUGCUUUCCUUCUAAUCUUGGUUGCAUUGGUUUUUGUGCAAAACCUUUUUAAUUUAAUAUAAUCAAAAUUAUCCAUUUUACAUCUCAUAAUUCUCUCUCUUAUUUGGUCCUAAAUUCUUCCUUUAUCUAUAGAUCUGUCAGUUAAACUAUUCCAUGCAUCCUUAAUUUGCUUAUGGUAGCACUCCUUGUCUAAGUCAUGUACCCAUUUUGACCUUUUCUUGAUAUACAGUGUGAGAUGUUGGACUGUACCUAGUUUCUGCCAUUCAGUUUUCCUAGAAGAUUUUGUCAAAUAGUGAAAUCUUGCCCCCAAAGCUUGGAUCUUUGGGUUUAUCAAACACUAGAUUACUAUGGUCAUUUACUACUGUGUAUUGUGUACCUAAUCUAUUCCACUAACCCACCACUCUAUUUCUUAGCCAGUACCAGGUUGCUUUGAUGAUUACUGCUCCAGUUUGAGAUCUGGUAGGCUAAGCCACCUUUCUUCACAUUUUCAAAAAUUAAUUUUCUUGAUGUUCUUGACUUUUUGUUGUUUCAGAUGAAUUUUGUCUCCAUGAAAUAAUUUUUGGUAGUUUGGUAUAGCACUGAAUAAGUAUUAAUUAAUGUAGGUAGAAUUGUUGUUUUUAUUAUAUCGACUCAGUCAACCUGGAGCACUUAACAUUUUUCCAGUUGUUUAAAUCUGACUUUGUAUGAAAAGUGUUUUGUAAUUGUGUUCCUGAGUUUGCCCUGGCAGGUAGACUCUCAGUUAUUUAUUUUUUUGCAUCGAUAUUCAUUAGGGAAUUUGACCUAUUGUUUUUUUUUGUUUGUUUGUUUUUACUCUUCCUGGUUCAGGUAUCUGCACCAUAUUUGUGUUGUAAAAGAAUUUGAUAGGACUCCUCCUUUGCCUGUUUUUCCAAAUAGUUUAUGUCAUAUUGGAAUUAAUUGGCUUUCCAUGUUUGAUAAAUUCAUUUGUGAAUCCAUCUGGUCCUAGGGAUUUUUCUUAGGGAGCCUUGGUCAAUUUCUUCUUUUUAAAAAAUAUAAUUAAUUUUUCUCAAUUAUACAUAAUAACAGUUUUUAACAUUUGUUAAAAUGUUGGGGUUGGGCCUUGAUGUUGGCUUCUCAGUGUGGCAUGUAUUAGACUAUUCCCCUAUUACUGCAGUGAAACAGAUCUUUCCUGCCAAAGUUCCAAAUUAUAUUGAGCAGGAAAAUUGCCUCCCCCCAUCCUUUUGUUGGUUCUGCCACUCCAGAAUUCAUUUUGAGGCAUUAUUUUAAGGUUGUUUGGAGAGGAAUUUUGGGAGAGUUUAGGGAUUCGCUGCCUCUACUCUACCAUCUUGGCUCCUCCUCCAGCACCUGUACUUUUUUUUUAAAACCUUUACCUUCCAUCUUAGAAUCAAUAUUGUGUAUUGGUUCCAAGGCAGAAGAAGUGGUAAAGGCUUGGCAGUGGAGGUUAAGUGACUUACGCAGCUAGGAAGUGUCUGAGGCCAUACCUGCACUUUUAAAAUUUCCUUUUGCUUUUUCAAAAAUAAUAUUUAUUUUUUUUAACUUGAAUCUGACAAGGGGCAGAUAGGUGGGUCAGUGAAUAGAGAGCUAGACUUGGAGAUUCAAGAUUCUGGGUUCAAAUUUGGCCUCAGAUACUUCCUGACUGAGUGACCCUGGGCAAGUCACUUAAUCCGAUUGCUUAGCCCCUACUAUUCUUCAGCCUUGGAAACAAUACUUACUAUGGAUUCUAUGACAAAAAGUAAGGGGUUUUUUUUGUUUGUUGUUUUCAAUUUGAAAUUGACAAGCACCAGCGAGGGACAGACGGAAACAGAGGAUUGUACAUGAAACCACAAAUCUAAUUAUGUACACCUUAUUUUUAAAGAAGCAUAUAAUAAAAUCACCAUGUUAGUUUCAAA